ACAAAUUUUUUCAUCAUCUAGGUGAAGGUUCAGAAGUUAAUAAAAGGUCUACCAUAUCCAACCUCACCGUUCUCCCAGCUUCUUCAUCACAGAAAUCCCUAUUUCACCCCCAUACCAGUCUUACAAACGGAAGCCAGGAAAGGAAUUUUAAGUAUGAUAGAACGAGGACUGAUUCCACCAACAGCAAGGAUUACCUUUCAGAAUCCACCCAUUGCACCUAGAGCAGCUCUUCUGCAUAAUUUUGAUGAAGCACAUAAGAUUCCUCCUGCUGCCCCUUUCGGUACACCUCAGAAACCACAGCUGAUUCCAGUGGAAGUGAAGAAGGUCUCUGCCAAGAAACAAACAUCAAAGGGGAAAGGCAAAAGGUCAAGAGGACAUCAUGAUAGGAAGGCCAUGAAAGUCACAAUACCUUCUAGAGCUGUGCAAUCACCAUGGGAGUAUGACUUCUCUAUUUCUAAUGGUGUCAUAGACACGACAGCCCCGGACUUCUCAGCAUUCAAGGAACAUUUUAAUUUAUCCUGGGGAAGUAUUUUUUCUCUCUUGGAACACAUCAAGAAGUUUCUCAGGGACUAUGCAAUACCAGAAGUUAAAAUAAAAGGAAACAAUUUGGUAGCCUUCCUUCCAGAGUUUGAGCUGAAGAAUAAACUUACCAGAUAUGACUUUCUCUCACUGGUAGAGAACCCAGUUCACAUCCAAAUGAUGUUAAAUCUUCCGGGCCAAAGGUACAAGGGCCAAGAUGGAAAGUCAGAGGCUGCCAUCAAGAUCCAAGCCACAUGGAAAUGCUUCAAAGCGAGACAAAUUUUCUUCAUUUAUCGCCACAAGUGGGCUUCAGGUGUGAUUGCCAUCGCGUGGCUCUUACAUUGCCAUAAGACCCGAGUGAAGAAGAUCCUGCAGGAAUCACGUGAAAGACACCUGGAGAAUUUCCGUAUUCGAGCCAAGCAUCUGGCAGCCAACUGGAAUCGCAUCAGGACCUCCAGGAGGACUAUUAUCCAUAUCCCAUCAUUAGGAUAUUCCCAGCCUGUGCGACAAAAUAUUGCCGACUUCAACACAAAGCAGAACAUGCAGCUGGGGAGGCUGUGUGACAUCUUAGAUGCCAAUGUGAGCGUCAUCUACAUCUGCUCCCAUCAGAUGAAUGACGAGUUACUGCUAUAUUACAAUAAAAUCCUGAGUCUACAGGCAGCUGUCAAAUCGGGGAACCUUGAGGACAGAAGUGACCUGCAGGACAGGUUCAAAAUUAUCACCCCUGAAGCUAUAAACAUCUUCCCUAUGAUAGAACAGCUGAGUCAGCUGGUCAUAGAUCACCUGGAAAUCCAACGCUGGCUCUUUAAAAUGGACUAUGAGUUUGGAGGAAAUGGGACUGCGUUUUGUGACAUUCCUUCCCACCUAAAGCACUACAAGUGGUUCCUAAAGGAGAGCAGCAGAUAUGGCCACGAAGACUGGAGCAAGAAAUGGGCACAAGAGCCAGCUUUGGUGAAGAUCUCCGAGGAGCUGGCGGGCAUUUUAGCACAGCACGCACAGCCAGUCAAUGAGAAACGGUUCCCGACGUGGAGGAAAUUCCUCCAAACAUUUCUCAGUCAAGGAGGCGUGGUGGAAGCGUAUCCACCUGCAGAAAGUGUCACCAACCUGACAGUCGACAUGCUGAUAGAGCCCAAUGGAGAAAUCAGAGUAUUGUCAACGGGGGACCAGAUUCAUGCAGAAGGCCCCUUCAUCAAUUCUGGUACCACCAUGCCUCAGACCUCGGUGGAUCCCCAAGUUCUCAGUUCUUUGUGCCUCAAAAUUGGAAAUGCUUGUAAAAUGAGACAUGUGGUUGGUUACUUUUCUAUAGACCUGGUGACAUUUAUCGAUGCAAGCACCAUGGAACAGCAGGUGUGGGCAACAGGCCUCAGCCUCUCAUACAGUGACCAGCUGGCCCUGACUCAGCUCACCUUAUACCUGACCAACGGCCAUCUGGAUUGCAGUUUGAGCACCCUUAAAGUGCCCAACUUUGUUCCCAAGAAAGAGAAGAAAAUGAGCUGCCUUAAUGCCCUCUCAGUGUCGUCACCAGCAGCCAGUCGCUAUGCAGUGAUGACGACCCAGCUGAAGCACAACAAUCUCUCGCUGGUUUUCCCAUAUGUUUUUCUCCAAAUGUGUAAGGCCCAUGGCAUCGGCUAUGACAUUGAGGACAGACAAGGAACUGUUUUUAUAUUAUAUGAACACCUGAAGAGAGACAAGUUGGGAAUGUUAACAAUCGGUGAGGAUCUCCAGGGGGUCCUCAUGACCUUUGCUCGAAAUCUCUUCAUCAUCCAUCAAGAAAUAUCAGCACCUAAUAUGCAAGGCGAGACCAAUUUUAAGACCGCCAUUGAUGACAUUGAAGCCAUUCUAGGAGUAACAGAGGAAAACAAAAUGAGAUUUGAAGAAGAACUCAAACAGUCCAUAGAUGCUAAAAACCCCUCUAAACCUGAUAAAUGAAUGAUCCUGGAAUAUAUUGCUGAUUUUAGAUUUUAAUCCAGAAUUGAAAAAAGGCAACAUUCUUUUUGCUGUGA